CAACAAUGAUGCUUGUAUUGUAUUUCGUAUCUUUGAUAUGGCAAUGUGCUACAUCACAAACUCUCUUAGAUGUUGCAAACACGCUAAAUGCAAAAACUUUUGUCAGCUAUGUACAAGCGACCGGUUUAGCAUCACCGUUUACAAAAAAUGGUCAGUUUACAUUGUUUGUUCCGACUGAUGAUGCCUUUAAUGCUCUACCAACCGAUGUGAAAAGGCAACUGACGAAGGAGCCCGAUCUUUUACGGAAAGUGUUGAUGUUUCACGGAGUUGACGGAAUCAAGUAUUCGUCACAGCUUGCCGAUGAAAUGGAAAUCAAUUCGUUAGAUCUGGAUGCGAAAAUAAGGAUAAAUAUUUACAAUAAUCCUAAAACGAUUGUUUUAGCGUCUGGGAGUGAAGUUAUACGCACGGAUAUAAAUGCGACUAAUGGCGUGAUUCAUCUCCUGUCACGUGUCAUGUUUCCAUUGCCAACUGCAGACGCUGUUCAGUAUCUAGCCCAGAACAACGACCUUGGGACACUGUUGUAUUCUGUUGCCAUGACACCCCUAAGAGCAGUACUUCAAGCUGGGGGACCAUUUACAAUAUUUGCACCAAACAAUGAUGCUUUCAACAAGCUUCAAGUUGGUUACUGGAGCGACCUGUUUAACCAGAAUUAUACAGCAUAUGUAGAUAUGCUGAAAUACCACGUUGUUCCUGGGACUGUGUAUAGUGCUGGACUGACAAGUGGUCCAGUUGCUGCUCUCACUGGGCAGACACUACAUGUACAUGUCAAUAACAAUGGUGUGAUGAUCAACAAUGCAUCAGUGGUGCUAGCUGAUCAAACUAUCAAGAAUGGGGUCAUCCAUGUCAUAGAUGCUGUGCUAAUUCCAGGACCUUGAGCAUUCAAACCCUUUUU